AUGGCUAAACCUGACCUCAUAUCCUGGCUGGAAGAGGAGGAAGAGCCGUUUCUCCUGAGCUCUGAAGAAGAGGAGUUGGCAGCCUCCAAACAGCUGCACAUAGAUGAGAUGUUCUGCAAUAACUUAGUGAGUGAGCCGGCCUCCGCGUCCACUAACAAGUUUGAGGUUCUGGGACAGACAGAGGAGCAUGAUUUAUCUUUGCCCCAGCCGCUAUCAAUGCCACAAGCUCAAGAAGCUUUGGCUGCAGGAGAGAAAGAGGAACUGGAUCGCGAACAGAUGUCCCCUUUAAGGAUCAACAGCCAACAUAAGGAGAAUUACAAGGGAGCAUCUGACAAGACCAAAGAACUGCCGGCGGUCAAAUCUUUGGACGAUGCUGAUUGUCAUUUGGCCAAGAGAUCCAUCCAAGCUAAACUAUGGUGCUACAGGCGCCUGGGGAAGCGAGAAGACCUGAUGGAAUUCUUCCGCCGUAAAAAAGCCUACAAAGACCUAAUUAAGAGACCCAAGAUGGUGAAACCUGGCCUCAUAUCCCAGCUGGAAGAGGAGGAAGAGCUAUUUCUCCUGAGUUCUGAUGAAGAGGAGGGAGUGGCAGGAGAGAAUAAAUCUAAAUGGCUGCAGUGUAGGAAAAGCUUCCACUGGACUGGAAAACUUACCAUCCAUCGAAGAAUUCAUACUGGGGGGAAACUUUACUCGUGCAUGGAGUGCGGGAAAAGCUUCAGUCAGAGUAACAGUCUUAUUUCCCAUCAAAGAACUCACACAGGGGAGAAACCAUACACGUGCAUGGAGUGCGGGAAAAGCUUCAGUCACAAUAACAGUCUUAUUUCCCAUCGAAGAAUUCACACAGGGGAGAAACCAUUUCAAUGCCUGGAAUGUGGGGAAGGCUUCAGUUGGCAUAGCAGUCUUAGUUUCCAUCAAAGUAUUCACACGGGGGAGAAACCGUAUCAAUGCCUGGAGUGUGGGAAAAGCUUCCGUUCGCGAGAUCUCACUUUGCAUCAAAGAAUUCACACAGGGGGGAAACCAUUUAAAUGCCUGGAGUGUGGGAAAACCUUCAGUCGGAAUAACAGUCUUACUGUCCAUCGAAGAAUUCACACAGGGGAGAAACCAUAUAAAUGCCUGGAGUGUGGGAAAAGCUUCAGUUUGAGUAACAGUCUUACUUCCCAUCAAAGAAUUCACACUGUGGAGAAACCAUAUCAUUGCCAGGAGUGCGGGAAAAGCUUCAGACAUAAACUCAGUCUUACUUUCCAUCAAAGGAUUCACACAGGAGAGAAACCAUAUCAAUGCCUGGAGUGUGGGAAAAGCUUCAGUCGGAAUAACAGUCUUACUGUCCAUCAAAGAAUUCACACAGGGGAGAAACCAUAUAAAUGCCUGGAGUGUGGGAAAAGCUUCAGUCGGAAUAACAGUCUUAUUGUCCAUCAAAGAAUUCACACAGGGGAGAAACCAUAUAAAUGCCUGGAGUGUGGCAAAAGCUUCAGUUUCAGUAACAGUCUUACUUCCCAUCAAAGAAUUCACACAAGGGAGAAACCAUAUCAAUGCCUUGAAUGUGGGAAAAGCUUCAGUCACAGGGGAAACCUUGCUACCCAUCAAAAAAUGCACACAGGGGAGAAACCAUUUCAAUGCCUGGAAUGUGGGGAAGGCUUCAGUUGGCAUAGCAGUCUUAGUUUCCAUCAAAGAAUUCACACAGGGGAGAAACCG